GGUCAAGAUCGCUAUCUUCGAUACUGGGCUUGUCUCUGCCAGACCAGGCGACGUACCUGAAUUGAUACGAAAAUCAGAAGACCGUAUAAGGUUCGGGGCGCAGCUGAGAUCACUGAACCCGAGGCAAGAUUUGGAUAGCCACGGGUCCCAUGUUGCUUGGCUGGUGUUGCAGGUCUGCCCCUACGCCCAAGUGUAUAUCUAUCGGAUCGUUGAGGGUGGCAAGCAGCCCAUCGAGCCAUCGAAUGCCAUUAAGGCUUUUCAAGAUGCCGUGAAGAAGGAUGUGGACAUAAUCAGCAUGAGUUUUGGCCUUGAGGAAAGCGAAGAACUUCGCGACACCUUGGAAGAUGCAAGAAAGAACGGCACCCUUCUUUUUGCGUCAAGCCCCAAUAUAGGUAUCCGAAUGAAAGGGGCGCUACGCGGCAUGGUGUUCCCAGCUAAAUUAGAUGAUGUAUUUGCGAUUGAUUCUGGGAACGGCGAUGGCAAGUCAUACGAUUUCAACCAACCCUUUAGAGGAGAUGAAUAUCGAUUUACGGCGGCGGGAGAAAACGUACAGUCGGCAUACCCAGUGGGCGAAAAGGGUGUGGGAAGACCAGGGUACAGGAGAAAGGUAGGGACGUCGAUGGUGACACCUGUAGCUGCUGCUAUUGCUGGCUUAACCUUGGAGUUUUCUCGACAAUGACCAAUUGCCCUAGACCCUAACAUUGAGAAGCACCUCAACAGCGUGCGAGAGAUGCGAAGAGUUCUCGGCAGCUAUUUUCAACCAAGUUUGAGUGCUCUCGAUUCCAUCAUCUUGACCCCAACUAGCUCUUUAUUUGUACUGAUCAAUACGGAGAUGGCGGUCAUUGGAGGCAUGGCGGAACGCUGAGGGUGUGGGCCGCCAACUCCAUGGUGAGGUGCAUGCGAGAAGAAUAUACAAAAGAGAUAGGCCAAGAGAUGUACACGAAGAUGAACGCUUAGGACGAUAACGAUGAUUGAAGCUGGCUUGCUAUAAAAG